UUGGAGAAAAUUGUUUAUUUGUGGCAACGUCGCUAUUUGCUAUAUGGAGAUACCGGUGAUUAUGGAAACAAUCUAUAUGAACAGAAACGGUGACAUCAGUCAAAAAUUGUAUUAUAAUAUUCUUAAUCAUCAGUUUUGUUAUUCUGAAUUUAUAAAUUGCAUAUAAACGGUAAAUAUCACAACAUAAAAUUAACAAAACAAUUUCUAGACUUAUUUGUUACUUUUAAAUAUAUCCCAUCAAAAAAAGCCACCCGUUCGCAAUAUACAAAAUUUUUGGAAAUAAUUAUUGAUCAGACGGAUAUAAUAAAAUGAUAAGAGGAGAAAGCCUGGGAACGUAUUUCUCAAGAGGUGAAUGCAAUGAGAGGAGCAGUAAAAAUGCAGAAGGAUCGAAAAAGGCAUUUAUAGAAUGGAUACCCCAUAUACCAGGAAAAAUAAGAGGUGAAAAGCCCCUUACCGACAUAGAAGAAAAAUAUGCAAACAUUACUGGAUUGUUUGCCUCGUGUUCAGGUGUAAAUAUUCCAGAGUUGGGUUUUGGAAAAAGAACCAAAGUAAAAGCUAAAGCUAGGAAAAUUCACUUAAUAAUAAGAAUAAUUAAGUGGAGGUGGCAUUGCUGUAAUUGAAAUUUUAACAAAUCUAGAAAAAAAAACUUUUGGAGGUUUUAUUAAAAAUUUAAUAUAUGGGCACCCCCAAGUUAUAGAGAUCUAGGAAAAU